AUGGCCGAAAUAUUUUCUGAAGAUCUAGUUGCAAUUUCUGAAAACAUAGUUGAAGAUUUUAAAAACCUAUAUGAGUCCAAGGAACGUUACGAUACAAUUAUCACUGUUGGAGACGAACAAAACGCUGAGCAAAUUUAUGCCCAUUCUCAAAUUCUUUGUGCUAGAUCAUCUUACUUUCGUAGAGCAUUAUCCGAUGAAUGGGCUGUAAAAAAAAUGGUUGCUAUGUUUUAUCAAAUCCUAAAACAAAUGCAGUUUUUGUACUGUGGAAUAGUAGAUUUGAAAGGCCAGAACGAUGAAACAAUCUUAGGGCUUUUAAUUACUGCAGAUGAACUUUUAAUUCAAAGUCUUAUUGAUAUCGUUCAGAGUCUCUUAAUCCAAAAUUGUUAUACGUUCUUACAACAAAGUCCUAUUAGGAUGCUUCAUUUUAUUACCCAUUAUAAACGAUUCAAGGAGCUUAAUGAAGCUUAUUUGGAGACCAUUUGCAAAAAUCCUUCUUUACUAUUUGAUUCAGAUGAGUUUCUUUCUUUAGAGGAAAAUAUAUUUUAUCAAAUAGAUCCUAAGGAAUUUGUUCCUGAAGUGUGGGAAUAUAUGGACAUUCUUCCUAAAGAUUUAAUUAAAGAUGUAGUACAUU